GCGAGUGGAACAAGGAAGGCUGAGAAGAGCGUCUCGAGAAGGUGAUCGGAUGAGCUGAUUGCUGCGAUGAUUCCGAGGCCGUUGCAAAGUUGCAGGGAUGAGGUCUGAUCUCAUCUGAUAGCCCGAUGGCAGGAAAAGGAGGGGAAAUAAUUUCGUUCGAUUAUUUCCAUCUUCGUAGCUUCAUCUUCGUCAUUCAAAGCGAGGAGAACGGACAAUCAUGAUGCUUUUUCCGAGAUGUCUUUCCUUGCUCGUAACCGCGUUCUUUGCGAGCAAUGUUCGAGGCAGCUCUGAGCAGGUCCCGCUGAGGGACUACAGCUGCCAACACCCUCCAUACACAAUCCACCUCUUCUCAAAAGCACCACUAGUAAUCUACAUCUCCAACUUUCUGACCCCCUCAGAACGUUCCCACUUGCAAGAAAUCACAAAAGGAACCUUCGCGCACUCCGCCGUGGCCGACGAAUCCGGGCAAGAAGGCCUCCGUCAAACCCGAACCUCGCAAUCCACCUCCGUAGCCCGCGACCCCAUCGUCCGGUGCAUCGAGUCGCGAGCUCUCCUCUUCCAAGGCUUCGACACGCCUCGUUCCCACCUCGAGCCCCUCCAACUCGUGCAAUACGGAAACGACGAGCGAUACCACCUGCACACCGACUGGUUCACGGCCGCCGACCGCGCGACGCCCGACGUCGGCGGCAAUCGUCUGACUUCCUUCUUCGUCUAUGUAGCUGCGAGCAACUUGACCGGCGGGGGAACGAAUUUCCCGAUAUUGGAUCAGCCGGAUGAUGAGCGGUGGUGCGAGUUUCUAGAUUGUGAUGAGCCGUGGGAUAAUGGGGCGACGUUUCGCCCGGUGCCGGGGAACGCGGUGUUCUGGCAGAAUUUGAUGGAGGAUGGAGCGGGGGAUUCGGCGACGAUACAUGCGGGUUUGCCGGUGACGAGUGGAUAUAAGCUUGGCAUGAAUAUUUGGACGAGACAGGGGCCUUUGGAUGAGAAGUUUAGGGGGGCUGAUGGUGAAGAUUAA